AUGUCCGAUCGGUAUGAGUGGCGUGGAAACGGCGAUAUCUCUGGCCCGCGUGCAACAGCAGGAUUCGCAGUGUCUGGCCGAGCAUCCGAAGCCUCCAUGGCUUUCAUCCUGAUCGCGACAGGCUAUACGAACGCAAAGCUCCGGAUAAUUGAACAAGAAGGUGUAGAGGCGACACGCGAUGAAGAUCACAAGCAAAGGUAUGCGGAGAAGAACGCGCGCAUCGAAGCGCUCAAAUUCGAAGUCGAGAAGAUACGGCACGAAGACCUGCAGCUGCAGGCGGACACCCGACGAGGAGAGGAGAAGCUGGCGAAAAUGAAGUCAGAGCUUAAGAGACUGCAGCCGCAGCAGACAAAGGAGCAGCCACCAGAGUUUUACAUGAGGCCAGCGAAAGUGAAGAAGGGCAAGAAGAAAUAG